AUGGCAACUUUGGGAGCAUCAGCAGUGCAGAUGCACACGCCGCCGCAGAGGUCGCCGUGGCACUCGCCGGUUCCGUACCUGUUCGGCGGUCUGGCGGCGAUGCUCGGCCUCAUCGCCUUCGCGCUCAUGAUCCUGGCGUGCUCCUACUGGAAGCUCUCCGGCCACUUCGAGAACAGGGAAGAAGGAGGAGAAGGGGAGGGGGAUCUCGAGGCCGGGGAGAAGGCGGCGGCGCCUCCGCCGGCACCGGCGAAGAUGGAGGAGAAGUUCCUGGUAAUCAUGGCCGGGCAAGAGAAGCCGACUUACCUGGCGACGCCGAUGUCGAGCCGAGCGUCGUCGUUUGGGAGCAAAAGCAGCUGCAGCAGUGAUAAUACGACGUCGUCUGAUGGGAGUUGUGGGGAGAGUAGUGUAGAGGGUGGUGCACCUGGAACAGGACUAGCAGAUCAGAUCCAGUGA